AUGGCCAUCGCAAGACUUUCUGCGCGAUCCGGUCUCCUCGCGCGAGCUGUGCGGGCAGCCUGUGACUCACCGGGCCACCACCAAGUGACCCAGUCCAGAGUUUCCCGCCCGGUUCGCGCGACCGGUUCUGCGCACACCGUCCCAUUCUCAACCUCCGCCUCCUUUUCGUGCGCCACCAAAACAAAUCCUCCGACCCCGGCUCCGGAGACCAACUCCGAGACUCAGACUGACCCUGAUGCGGAUCCCACAGAUCGGUAUGCGGCAGGCCUGCGCCUGAACAAGGAAUGGGCCGCUCAAACAGCCCGCGAUCACCCGGAACUUUUCCCCACCCUCGCCAACGGACAAAAGCCCCAGAUCCUGUGGAUCGGAUGCUCCGACUCGCGUUGCCCCGAGACCACCUUCCUGGGUCUUCACCCCGGUGAUGUCUUCGUGCACCGCAACAUCGCUAACGUCAUGCAUCCCGGCGACCUCAGCUCCUCUGCCGUCAUCGAAUAUGCCGUGCAGUAUCUCCGCGUGAGCCACGUCGUGGUGUGCGGCCACACCGCCUGUGGUGGUGUCGCCGCCGCCAUGGGCAACAAGAACCUGGGUAUUUUGGACCCUUGGCUGUUGCCCCUGCGUCAGCUGCGUGAGCGGAAUCUGGAGCUCCUAUCCAACAUGACUGCCGAUGAGGCGGCGAUGAAAUUGGCCGAGCUGAAUGUGCGGGAGGGCUUGAAUGUUGUCAAGCAGAAGGGCGUUGUUUUGAAUGCCAUUCAGGAGCGUGGCCUUCAGCUUCACGGAUUGAUUUAUGACGUCGGCUCGGGCGUUCUGAGUGAGCUGGACACUCAAGACUCGGAGGAAGUGAUUCGGGCUCGUUUGACAGCGUUCCAGACCGAAUAG